AGCCAGGCGCGGGGCAGCGCAGCGAGUGGACGAAAGCAAACAGGGCAAAGAGAGGGAGAGCGAGCGAGCAGCACCGGCAGCGCAAACGUCCCCACCCCACCCCCACCGCACCCUGCCUUUGUGGCGCUGCCACCAAUGGCGAAUAAUUCGCUCUCCCACCACCUCCUCCUCCCGCUCGCCGGCGACGACGACCCCGCCGCCUCCUCCUCCUCCGCCUCCGCCCUCACCUUCCCCUCCUUCUGGCCGCCCUUCCCCUCCCUCCUCCCCGACUCCGACUCCGACGCGCCCUUCUUCCCUCCCCGCCGCAUGGACCGCUGCGUCGCCGCCCGGCAGGAGACCGCCGCGGCGUUCCUCGGCCUCGACUUCCACGACGAGGACUACGGCGCCGACUGGGCGGCGCUGGACGAGCCCGGCCUGCCGCUCUGCUGGGACUGCCUGCAGCUGGAGGAGCACGACGCCCACCAGCGCUGGGACCUCACGCUGAGCGACGCCGACGAGUGGGAGCAGGUCGCCGCCCGGGGCCACGAGGAGGCCGAGCCCCCCGCGGCGCGGAGCCUCGAGUGGGAGGUGCUCGUCGCCGCUAACAGGCUAGGCAGCCUCAUCAUCGACGAGGACGUCGACGACACCGGCGUCGGCGUCGGCGGCAUCGAGACGUACUUCCUCGACGGCGGCGCCGACGACGAGGACGACAUGCUGUUCGGGCAGCUGGCCGCGGAGGCGGAGCACGAGCCCCCGGCCAAGGGCGGGCGCGCGGCGGCGAAGGCCGCCGUGGAGGGCCUCCCGACGGUGGUGGUCGCGGUCCGGGGCGGCGCGCAGUGCGCGGUGUGCAAGGACGGCAUCGAGGACGGGGAGGGGGCCCGGAGGCUGCCGUGCGCGCACCUCUACCACGACGCCUGCAUCCUGCCGUGGCUCGCCAUCCGCAACACCUGCCCGCUGUGCCGCCACGAGCUGCCCACCGACGACCUCGAGUACGAGAAGUGGAGGGCCAGGCGGGCCGCCGGCGAUGCCAAUGCCAACGGCGACAGGUACGGCAUCGCCGCCGGUCAUCGUGCUGAAUGAUGACUAAAGAGAUCAGUAAUUUGCUUCAUGGAUUAGGCAUUGUGGUGCCAGUACAUUUGCGGUAGCUCGGUCUGUUGCAGAAAUUCUUUUUGAUCAUGAAGGGAAGCGGGAUGAAAUCGAUAUGAAUUGGCGGGUUAAUUUUUUUUUUCAUACAGAAUGAUACGAAUAAGGUUCAUUUUGAAUUCGAAUAAUGGUGUAUGUAGAUGCAAUCAACCAAUCCGAUGAGACUGUUCUUUUCCAAUGGAA